AGUUGUGCGUGGGUUGAAGUGCGACAGGCGUAUGUUGUCGCGCGGCUGAUAAAUGUAGUGGCAGUGUAUACAUUGUGUUGUCAGUUACUGGGAUUAAGCUAUCGCAUUCUAUUUGUUUAGAACUUCCCAGGUUUUUAAGAGACCGUAAAUGGAUAUAUGCUCUCCACGUGGCCCUAUCGUUAACCUCAGAUUUGUUUACAAGUUGCGGCUUGCGAAAUUUAUUCGGUAUAACUAUGUCUUGUGAUUACGAUGACAGCGAGUUCUUGGACUUUAAAGAAUUGGAAGAACAGAUAACUCAGAUAGUAGACAAUGGAAACCUCGAGGAAAUGCUUCGCAUACAACUAUCGGAGUUUGAAAUGUUACAGUCCAUGUUUUCAAAUCCAGGAGAAUUUUGUGUGGAUGACCCAAGUGUUAUAGCCGAUAUAAAUGAGUUUGUGGACGGAAGGUGUUCUAUCAUUCCACCUCGUUUAGAUUUUAGUAUAAAUUUAUUUAUAGAUAUGGCCAAGUUCGAAGUCUGUGUGAACCUCCCACACGAUUAUCCAGCUACAGAGCCAGAUAUUUUUGUGAGAAGUGACAAACUCAGCAGAAACCAGCAACACAGUUUAAAUAUUGACCUUAGCAAAUUUAUUGCUGACCUUGAUCGAGGUGAAAUCUGUAUCUGCUCCGCAAUUUCUUGGCUUCAAGAAAAUGCUACUCAUUAUUACGUUGCAAUUAAACCAGAACCACAAGUGAAAAUAUGCGAAGAUGAAGAUUUGUUUACCCGGUACUGGAUAUAUUCUCAUCACAUUUACAGUAAAUUAAAAAGGAGAGAAGUAUUGGAUCUUGCUCAUGAAUUUAACAUCACAGGAUUUUGCCUUCCUGGAAAACCUGGAAUUAUUUGCGCUGAAGGUUCCUCUAUGGAUUGUGGUGAAUGGUGGCAAAAGGUGAAGAGCAUGAACUGGAAAAAGAUCAUGUGUAAGAAGAAGGAAACUUUCAAGUUAAAUGGAGGAGAAAUAGAAGAACUUCGGAAAUUUCCCAGUUUUCGUGAGAUUUCUUUUGAAUCUGGUAAGGGAAAAUCUCAGGAACAUCACAUGGACAUGGGUGAAUUUUAUAGGUAUCUUGCAGAACAUAACUGCAGCUAUGUAUUCAAAGACUAUUUCGGUGUGGAUGGUAAAUGAAGAAAACACCCAUAAAAAUACUCACUGUUUCUCGGUUUGAAUUACAGUAUGUCUGUAUCACAGCUGUACUUCAUCGCAGUUCUAGUGUAAAUAGUAAUGUAUGAUUACACCUAUUUUCCAAAUGAAGUCUUAAGUAGUUGUACAGGUCAACCCAUUGUUGUUGUUAAGUUUCUCUCACAGAUUUCAUUAAUUCUGUCAUUUAGCUAUUAAAAUUAUGUUUCAUUCCUGUUCUAUUUCUAUUUAAGAAUGGUUUCUUUCUUUUUUUUUUAAUUUUUGUAUGUUUGAUAUACUUAUGAUGUUUAAGGAACUCCUCAUACACUGGAAUAAAAUUUAAGCAGCUGUCAUUUCCAUGUAGUAUCAGCAGUACUAAAGUGAACAAAAAUUUAAUCAGUGUUGAGAGUAAUUCCUCGUUGAAAAGACAUUACUGUACUGUGGCAUUCACACCAAUCUUGCGUUUCAUUUUCUAGUUAUAAGUAAUACGCAAUUUGGUGUCAUAUCAUUUUUACAAAACUAGAAUUCAAGUAGUUUCAGAGUUUUAAAAUAUACAACCAGAGGUAUUCUUUGUAAAUACCAGUAUUUUGUAUUUACAUCACAUUUGUAUGCACACAAGAAUAUACGAAUGGGAAGCCUAUAUUUUUGCAUCAUGAGCUGGCCUAAUGUAUUGAUUCAUUUUAUAUAAGGACUCUUAACUCAUUUGGAAAAAAAUACUGGAGCUGUGUCCUUCAGAAGCAUGGGUUUCUAAAACAGGAUAGAUGAGAUUGACCCUAAAAGCACUGAGAAGUAACAGUAGAGGCAGUAGUUCAUCUGGAAUCAUCAAUAAGAUGACAUGGAUGGAAAAGAAAUACAUUAGUGACAAAGUUCUCUGUCUUUGUGCUAUCCCUUUCAGGUUACAAGUUUGAUCAUGUCUUACAGCAUUCAUUGUUUCUCCUUGCUUGUGGACAUUGUUUAAUAGAAAAUGAUUUUGGCAAUGCAUAGAAAUCUUUUAUUUUAAAGAGAAUAACUGUUCCAUAAUUUUUCACUUGUUAAUAUGCAAAAACUACACAGUUUUGUACCAAAGAAAGUCAGUUUUUGCUCUAACAAACAGUUGACUGCUUGA